AUGACUCCGGUGGCGGCGGACGGCGCCAGGAAGAUAAACGGCGGCGUAAACGGAGGAAAGACCGACAGUGGCAGCGGCGGGAAGGACGUGAAGCAGAGGGCUAACUUUUACAUGAACAAGCUCUGGGACAGGGACACGGAGGCGAUGGCCGCGGCGGAGCUGGAAUCCAUGGCGAGGGUUCUCCCGGUCGAUUCCCUGCCAUCCUUCAUCUCCGCCAUCUCCGACACCCGAUCUUCAGACAAGGCCCCGCUCCGCCGUCACUGUCUCCGACUGCUCUCCCUCCUCUCCCGGACACACCCACCGGAGUCCCUCUCCCCCUUCCUUCCCCGCAUGGUCUCCUCCGUCCUGCGCCGCCUCCGUGACCCAGACUCCUCCGUCCGCACCGCCUGUGUCGACGCCGUCCGCGACAUGUCCUGCGGCGGCUCCGCCGCCUCCUUCUACCCCGUAUUUCUCAAGCCCUUGUCGGAGACCCUCCUGCUGGAACAGGACCAAAAUGCCCAGACGGGCUCCGCCAUGUGCCUCGCCGCCGCCAUCGAGGAGGCCUCCGCCGCCGCCGAUGGCCAUCUGACGGCGCAUUUCCACCGUCUGAUCCCCCGCCUGGUGAAGCUGGCGAGAACCGACGGGUACAAGUCCAAGCCCGCCCUGCUCUCCCUGCUCGGCAGCAUCGUGGCGGCCAAUGGGGCCUCCACGACGGCUCUGCUGGCCCUCCUCGUCCCCUGUCUCGCCGACGCCUUGCUCAGCGAGGAUUGGGCAGCAAGGAAGGCCGCCGCCGAGGCCUUGACCCAUGUGGCCGCGAUCCCCUCUCGCCACCUCCUCAUGGGCUUCAAAUCCUCCUACUUCUCCUUCUUCCAAGCCCGGAGAUUCGACAAGGUAUGCCAGUUUCCAAGUUCUUCCAGAUGGGUUUUCGUCGAUCGGAUGAAUCACCAUAGCCUGAAAGUCCCACAGGUGAAGAUCGUGAGGGACUCCAUGAACCUGAUGCUGGAGGCGUGGAAGGACGUUCCAGGUGCCCUAAAAGAGGACGAAGACCGCGGUCAGCGCACAUCUCAUGAUGCUCCAUCUUCUUCUUCAUCAGGUUCUCUGAUCUUCGUCGACUGCCCAAGGUUCUACUGAUCAAAUCCCAUCUACCUGCAGAGAAUGAGAGCGAUGGGCGACUCUCGGUCGGCCGGAGAAGCUCCACCGGCACCCGUUCCAGUUCUCCUUACACCUCGAGGAAGGAGAGUUCCCCGCUUAGCAGAUCGUCGCCAACAUAUUCCUCGCCCACUCCGGCUGCCCGGAAAAGGGCCUCCCCGAGAAGGGAGAAGAGAACGAGCUCUCCUUCGUUCUGUAGAUCCGAUACCGGGAGAUCCCCUCCCGACUGGAAGAUUGAAAUCGCCGUGCCACCCACUCCUCCUUCCGCGGUCAUGGGCAAGGAUGAGCCUCACAACACCCGAAUGACAGCAGAUGGGGUAGCCCAGGAGCAAGCUGGAAAUCAAGAAAGCACGACUGGCUCCAAGUUAGACGUUAGAAAGCUCCUGUUCGAGAAGAACUCCGAGCAGAGGGUCAACAAGGUCGGGCAUGUGAAGUCGGGGUCUCGGGUGGUUCCUUUCCAGGAGAAAGGAGACCAGGAGCAAGCGGUGGACAUUGAAGAGAUAGUCGACGAAGAUAAGGAUGGCGAUCUAUCUCUCAUCCGCAAGCAGCUGGUUCAGAUAGAGAAUCAGCAGACUAGCCUACUGGAUCUCGUUCAGGUAAUCCUCAUCCCCGUUCAGUCCCACACAGGGGUUACUUAACUUCUCUAGCACAAUGUUUAAUAAUGGAAGAAAUGGGCGUAAAAUAUUAAAUAUCUCUGGGAUGAAACUGAGAAAAGAAAUAUCAUGCCGAUUGAAUGCUCAUUUUAUCUGCUGAUUUCUGCAGAUGAAAUCUUUUCCGGUUUUGACCACCCUUUCCUCGCAGUAAUCAGCCCUCAGUAGCCGGAGUUUCUGAAACGGCAAGGAGAAAGAAAAGAAACGAGAGGAAGUAGAGAGGCAAAAGAGAAACUCAGGGUGGGGGGGGAGAAGCUGCAGAAAGGGAAGGCCAGAAUUCUAGAAGAGGAGGAAGAACAGUAAAAGAAAAAAAAACCAGAGUUACGGUAUUGAAAUUUGGAACUGUUUUACUCAACCAUUGAAGAGGGUCAUUCGAAAUAUUUUCAAGAAUAUAACUUGAUAAGACGAACCCACACCAGAAUCUAGUUGGGUCCUAGUAGAAAAAUUGAAAAUUCUGAAGAUUAUGUUCUGUUGAAUUGGGUUACAUUUGGGCAUCUUUGUGUGUGGUCUCAAGUGAGAGGUGAGGUCAUGUCCUCUUGGGUUGCAGCUUCCUCAUUUUGGUCCAUCACCAUGCUCGUAGAGGACUAUGGCGAUGCACAGAGAGUAAUUAUGGUGAUAGCACAUGGCUUACAUGUGUACAUAAUUCCCUUUGCCAAUGAUAUUAUAUGAUAAGUUUCUGUCUGCGUUAGCGAUUUUGAAUUGGGAAUUCUCAUUCCUUUUUAGUACCCUCCAUUCCUAAAAAUUAUCUUAUGGCAACAUUUUUUCCCCUCAUGAACACCUUGGUAGUAACUUCUUCUCAGAAAAAAUUUAUACGUAGAAGAAAAAUUCCAUGUUUAUGAGGUGGAAACAAUAAUUUUGGAAAUAAAAUAACACAGGGUUUUGGACUGUUGCUCAUUUUCCUUCCCUCCCAAUCUUCUUUAAGCCUCAUAACAUGGCACCCAUUCCUUGAAAAGAAAAUUUUCACUGGCAAUCCCAUAUUACUGAUUCUUAAAUGGAAAUAUCGAGUUAGGCUCCAAGCGGGCUGAGGAUUAUUUCUUGAAAGGAGUAGUAAUUUUGGAGCAUAGGUCUUCCAUGAUUCAUUCGACAAUGAAAAAUAAAUCAGCAAUACAAAAAUUGUUCAAAAAUUUAGCAGCCUACGUCCAUUUAUUUCCUCAGAGAGAUGGAGUGGAUAGCUGCAGCGGGGGGCAUGUCUUUGCUACUCUGCCAGCAGUUCCGUCAACCAGCAGUGCGGGUCUUACAAGAACAAGAUCGGGCUCAGAAGAAGCCCAAAAGUCCAAUCCGGGUCGGGCCCAUUUUUUCUUUGGAGCUUCUUUCUAGGCCCAAGUCUGUUGAUGAGAGCCCUUACAUCCUAAUUUCCUCUUGAGUGUUAGUGGGUUUCAAAAUAUUUGCAAAAUAGCUCCUUUCCCAUCAUCACAUUUCAAGGGCAAGAUAGCUUCACAAUAUGCAGGGGCUUGCUUGUUCUAGAGAUAUGACAUCUCUUGUGAUUCCAAUACUCUCUUUUGCUGUUUAAUUCCCUCAUGUCUCUCUCCUUUGCUUGUUCUAGAGGUUCAUCGGAAACUCACAGAAUGGCAUCCGCUCCCUGGAGUCAAGGGUCCAGGGCCUGGAGAUGGCCCUAGAUGAGAUCUCGCAGGACUUGGCUGUGUCGUCUGGGAGGCUACCCACUGCCAACCUUGGCACCCACUGUUGCAGGAUCCCUGUGGCUGAGUUCCUGAGCUCCAAGUUCUGGAGGAGGACCGAGAACAGAUACUCCUCUCAGCUCCUUGGCUCCACCAGCAAGGAUGGCCCAGAUCCUGGAAAAUGGGAGAAGCAGGGAUCAAAGUCAAAUGCUGGAACCCCGGUCAUCCCCUCAGUAGAGGCCAACUCCAGUUCCAUGGGGAGCUCGAAAGUCUCUUCGCACAGAUUGGUGAAGGGUCAACCGGCUAGAGACUACAGCUUGAGUGAUGAGACCUCGACGAAGACCAGUGUGGUUGAUGGGAUUAGCAGGUGA